CACACACCUGUCAAGCUGUUGGUCCUCUCUUUUUCUUUAAAGAUGGGAAUACUGAACUGGCUGAAGCAAGACGUCCAGGUGAAGAAGAUGGUAGUGGCCGUUGUGUUCAUUGCGUUGUUCCUGGAUCAUAUGCUGCUGUCAGUGGUUGUGCCAAUCCUUCCAAGUUUCCUGUAUGGAAGUGACCAGCCUUCCACUACGUUGGAGAACAGCACUGGCCUAGCAGUCCAAUCUCCACACACCCAGCUGGUCAACAACACAUCAGCGGUUUUGGGCUCCACAUCUGCAACUCCAUACCACAACUCAACCCUGCGUGGCGUUCCCUUCAUCCAGAUCCCCCCCACCACAAACUGCACUCAAGCAGAUUCUCGUGUGGAUGCGGUGAGCAUCAAAUUAGGACUGCUGUUUGCCUCCAAGUCCACCAUACAGCUUAUCUUUAACCCCUUCGUCGGGUCGCUUUCUGACAGGAUUGGAUACCACAUCCUUAUGUCUGUUGGUUUCUGUGUAAUCAUUUUGGCGACCACUGUCUUUGCCUUCUCAUCAAGCUACAUCUUACUAUUGCUGGCCAGGUCACUACAAGGCAUAGGUGGAUCCUGUUUGUCUGUAGCAGGAAUGAGCAUGCUUGCUGAUAUGUACAAAGAUGAAACAGAAAGAGGCUGUGUAAUGGGUAUAUCCUUCACUGGUUUGGCCUUAGGACUGAUAGUGGGUGCUCCAUUUGGCAGCGUGAUGUAUCAGUUCGCUGGGAAGACGGCUCCAUUCCUGGUCGUGGCUGUCAUCGCUGUGCUGGGUGGAGGUUUGCAUUUCAUAAUUUUUCAACCACAACGGCUCCAAAUUAAGAGGGAAAAGGGAACUCCAUUGCUGACUCUCCUGAUGGAUCCAUACAUUCUCAUUGCUGCAGGAGCAAUCUGUUUGACAACUCUGAUUAUUGGCAUAAUAGAAACUACACUUCCUAUCUGGAUGAUGAAGACCAUGUGUGCCAGCAAAUGGCAGCAAGGUGUUGUCUUCUUGCCGGACAGUGUAUGCUACCUUAUUGCAUCCAUCAUCUUUGGACGUCUGUCACAAAAAUACAGCGUGAGUUGGCUAUGUGCUUUCUUUGGAAUGAUCCUUGCAGGAGGAACCACUAUUUCCUUCGGCUAUUCUACAAACAUCUACCCCAUCCUUGCACAAAAUGCAUUAAUCGGCAUUUCAGUCGGCAUGGUGGACUCCUCUGUAAUGCCUUUCAUGGGUUACUUGGUAGACCAGCGAUAUGAGCCGGUGUAUGGCAAUGUUUACGCAAUUGCUGACAUAGCAGUCUGUAUUGGAUUCUCUGUAGGUCCAGCUAUUGCAGGUCUCAUCAUGGCAUCGAUUGGCUUCCCAUUGCUCAUGGCCAUAAUUGGAAUGGUCAAUAUAUUUUUUGCUCCACUUUGUAUCCUCCUUUUCAGACCACCUCAGCGGGAGAAAUCAUUGUUAAUAUCGAAGGGAAAUUAAGGAAGCUCGGCCUGAGAACUUCUACAAUGCAAUGCCCAAAAUUAUGCCACCUUGAACUUCACGUGAGAAAGGACCAACUGUGAAUGCUCCAGUUGCAAGCUUCCAAAAUAUCACUUGUCUGACAUGAAAGGGAUGGGAUAUUUUUUUCCCCCUAUAAACAAUUCUCUGUGUUGCUGUUUUUUAAUGGUUUCUAAAUUGGUGCCAGUAAAAUUUAAAUCAAAAUAAAGAAUAUUGCACCAUUCUGCCAGCAUCAAAAAAUAAAUAAAAUGACACCAAUUACUAUAAUUAAUACAAUAGAAUAAAGUAACACAGAAAGAAACGGAGCCUCUCUAUUUCUAAUAAAACCUUAAAAAUAACAGAUUUGAAAACAUGUAGCAAUAAAUCACCUUAUGUAAUUUGUUUUUUCUCGAUAAACAGAGACACUGUUGUCAGUACAGCU